AGACAUUCCAUUCUACGGAAGAUAUUCAACUUGGAUAUACGGACAAUGUCUUCGGAUAGCCUCUUUGUUGGAUCAAUUUUAUUUUUUGUUUCCUUAACUGGAGUUUUCACGAACUGGACGGUACUUUUGUUUCUUCCAAAAGUCUCAUCAUUUAAUAAAUCAUUUGGUUAUAUUACUUGGAACCAAGCGUUUGGAGAUGCUCUUCAAUCCACCACAGUUUUUACUUUGGUUGUACCAAUGGUCUUUUUUGAUCUUGAAGUUUUAAAAGCAAACUCCAAUUACAUCUCCUUGUCAAUGCUAUUGGGUUAUGAUAUUUCAGUACUUUCCCAUUUACUUCUUGCUCUGAAUCGUCUUUGCGUUGUCGCAAGUCCACUAAAAUUUGAGACCUACAAUGAAAAAUAUACUCGCCCCAUGAUAAUAUCUGUCAAUAUCUACGCAUUUGCAUCAGUUAUCAUAUUUUUGCUGAGCGGUUGUAAAUACAGUUGGAGCACUGAAAUGUGGAUGUUCUUGUACCAUGUGUCAAAUCAAUGCGUCAGUUUCUCAUUUUACGCUAUUUUCUGUAAAUACAUCAGCAUAAUCUUCAUAAUUGUGCUAAUUGAUGUAUUUGUGAUUUGUAAAGCAAGAUUUAUGUACAAGAAAUCGAAAAAUGAUGCGAAGAGUAAACAGAUGAAUUCAAAAGAAAUCUGUUUCCUCGUACAAACCUGUCUUCAAGGAGUUUUGUUCAGUAUUGAGCUAAUUUGUUAUUUCAUAAUCUCACCGAGAGUUGAAGACACGUGGGUUCGCUUUUUCAUGACAACCUUUGCAUUCUCAACCAUUCAUGCAUGCGAUGGAGCCAUAAGCAUUGCAUGCAAUUCGGACUUUCGAUCUUACUUGCGUAGAUGUUCAAUGAAGAAGAUCAGUAAUAGAACUGAAUCCGCUCUUUAUGCAUCAAGAGUUGAUACAAGUACACUUGGAGGAUUCCGAUCGAGAACUAGCACAAUCAAUGCUUCGGCAAGAUAA